AUGAGGAUCCCCUCCCCCAGAGUCACCCGUGAAGAAUCACAACAACAACAACAACAACAACAACAACAACAACAACAACAACAACACAGGGUGUUGAUGCAUCACAAAAGCAACGACCCUCCCCGCCUAGACCCCUUCGCGCCCCCCUCCAAUGCGUUGUCCAAACCCGGUAGCCAGUCGUCCGGCUCGCAAGCUCCCCGGCUAGUCUACCUGUCGACUUGCUUACAGCAACUUCCCUGCCUCUACCGGCUUCCCCAACGCACAUACAGUGCAACAAUGGACCCGUUCAGCCCCGGUCGCGUACAGUAG